GUGCAAGGUGGAUGGUGGAUGGUGGAUGAACAACCCCCAGACAGGCGGAGAAGGGAAAAGGCCAUCCCCUAUCCUUGUCUCGUUCCCCUUUCCUUAGGUUUCCUACCUGCCUACCUACCUAGGUAAAUUUACCUACGAGUACCUUACCGGCCCUAUUAGAGUAGUCGUUUGUCAGUCCUAACUCAUCUCGACAACACAUCACUUUACAAAACAAACCAGCCGACCAUGAUUCUACAUUAACAAUCUCCAUGUCCUCUCUGCUUCGCUACUCCAAUCUACUCGACGCUCCUCUACACUACUCUAUUCUACCCUCACGAUCCCGAAGUCGCGCACUAAACCCACCUCGACUCCACCCCAGAUUGCCUUGCUGACAGCCGAAUUUACUUCGGCCCGGCACGCGACUCGACGAAAUCGUCAUCAAAAGCCUCGCUCCUCCCGCUCAACCCGACCCUCUCUCUGCACUGCAACAGCUAUCGACGUUCGAUAGACUGCAGCGCCUUCCACCCAACUCGACUCUAAAGCAAACUCAAAAUGUCCAAGCAGCCGUGGGACUCCUUCCUUCCCUCCGGCGCCGUCGAUGCUCCGCGUCGAACCUUUCCACGCAGUGACUCGACUAUCUCGCCCAUGAUGGUCCCUCGCAGUAUCCCCGAUUACAUCUCUUCUGCUCACUCGAGUAGUGCCGGCACACCAAACACCUUCAUGUCAUCACAUUCGCCUUCGCAGCACCCGCCUAUCUCACCACCGAAGACCCGAAGUGCCAGCGCAGAGGACAGCACAGCUGCCUUGGUGGAAGACUGGCGGACUUAUACCCAGAAGUUGAGGAGUCAGAACGAAGGCGAGAGAGCACACAUGGCUGCAGACCGAGCGAGGAUGGAGGAGGUCAUGGCCGAGGAGAGAGCGCUGUGGGACAAGGAGCGAGAUAUCUUGAAGGCACGGAUUGUAGAGCUGGAGGCGCAGUUGGGGAAGAGAGCAAGCAGCCCGAUUAUCUCGCCUGUCAGGCACCAAGCUGCAAUCAAUCAUGCCAGUCCAGGAUCAAAUUCCGUCUCUGUGACGGGUAGCAUCGACAGCGCUGCACGAUCGAUCCCGCAGGAGAAAGGAAGAAAUGCGGACGGUACCCCCUUUUACGCACCUGCACCAAGAAACCCAAGCCGAACGUUCGAUCCAUCCGAGGCAGAAGAGUUGCGGGUAGACUCAAUUACAACGGCACGAGAGAGUGCUAUCCGUGUUACCAGCAAGGAGCUCAAGUCGUCUGAUUUCGGAAUCCAGUCUCCUCCCAGUGGUCACGACCUGAACACGAUCAACGAAAGUCCCGCGGAAAGCAUAGACAUAUCGCAUAUUCAGCCCGAAUUGGAAGGCGUCUCUAUCAAAGCGUCUGCUGUAUCCCCAACCUUCAUUCAGAACGUCAUGAGUCCUCGCUCGCCAUCGAAGCUGUCGCCAGAUAUUAAGCCACCUGGUCGGGGCGUCGCAACUCGGGUCAGAAGUCCGUCUCAGGAGGAGAAGGACCGGGUGACGUUGGAGGUUGCCCGUCAGCCAGAGAACAGGAGAUUGACGAUGCAUGCUGGCCAUACACCAAAUCACUCUGUCUCCAAAUUCUCUUUCCUACGUGGAGAUGCCGAGAGCGGGAAUGCGACCCCAACUCAAGAACAUCACGAGGAAACGGAAAGUAUCCACAGGCCUUCGGUUGCGCCUGAUUAUGAUGGACCAGCUGAAGAGGAAGUCGACGAUGAGGACAAUGGAGACAAGGGACUUUCUGGCCCGCUCAGUCUGACGAAUGACCUAGCCAAUGAUGAUCCGUUUCUCUCGGUACUGGUUAACAAGCUUGAGGUGGAAGCUAAAGCUAGAGCAAGCGCUGAGGCCAGUCCAACCAGCGAAACUGGACGAAUUCGAAGUCCUCCCAGGACACUUCAGGCAGAGGACGAGGAGGACGAAGAGAAAGACGAAGGCCCCAGGCUGAAGCUCAAGCCAAGUACCAACUUUGGCCGACCUUUGGGGAGCAUCUGACUCUUUGAUAUCAAAUAUCAGGCAUAGAUCAUAUUCGCUUUUUUAUCUCCAUUCAGUACUGGAUUUUACGGGGUAUAGCUAGACUUUGAUAUCCCCAUUCCCUGACACGACACGGCACAGAUCAGCACAUUUCCUUUCUCAUUUCUCGAUGUACAUUCGUACCGGUUGCGUCGCGCCACGAUCAGGUGGUAAUUGGCGGCAAAAGUAACAUUACAUUACGAAAAGGGCACAUUCACAUUUGCGCGGGACGGCAAGGGCGCGAAAAGGAAUAGGUAAAGGAAAGGACACACACCCCCCAUUGCAUCACAUCUUUUCAGCGGGCAAGGAAGCGUCAAAAGAAAAAGCACAAAUAGAUUGGUACAAUUCCUUGGACUGGGAAGGAACUUUAAAUUCUCUGGCAGUCAUUUUCACGGGUGUUCAUUUUUGGGAAGGGAAGGCUUGACGAAUUGGUGCAAGGAUUGAAAUGGAAGGAAGGAAUACCCCAGCAUAGCACCGUCAGAGAGCACAGCAGAGAUGACAAGAGAGGUCGAAAAGUCAGGAAACGAAAUAGAAUACGGUCCAGAAAGAACAAUCUGACUGGAUCUCCACUACCUAAUUUUUCUUUUGUUUUGGUGUGGAAAUCGAAACGCCACCUUUCGAGAGUGGAAGUGGGAUGGCAGUGGGAGAUGUGCGAGGUUGUUGUCUAUGUAUAGUCUGCAUGCGUUUGACGGUGCGCUCGAAUAGCACCGCGCUGAUUUGGCCUGAAUAGAGACUGGCUGCCAUUGGUGAUUUGGGAAGGAUCAUUACGCGGACAUCGAUGAGGAAUAGGAUCAGAAGAUGAAAGGAAGAGGAGAAGAGAAUUCAUGAUACCCCUUUACAUACACAACUUUACAUUUUGCUCAUGCUACAUUGUUAUUCUCCUCGGUGAGGUUCUCUGUUUUGUUACAAUAGGGUAUUGUCGCUUAAUUAAGCUUGUUGUGAUCUGUCUGUGGACCGUAGGUCGGUGACAAGUCACUAAACCUUAGGAUGAGUAUGCACAAAAUUGUUACG